CUCCGCGAGUCAACCACGCAGUGUUCAACAAGUAGUAGGUGCAACAGUUGACAGUAUUCCGAAUCUGAUUCAGCAACUCAAACGGUUUCCAGGAAUCUAUUUUAAAAGACAUCUACAUCGCCAACGACCCGCGCACUAAUCCCGAGCUCAUCCGGCGAACCGGCUGUAUGAACAUGAAGACCGACAUCCUAGCGCUCUGCAUCCUGGCUACCACGAUCCUGUGCACCAGGACGCGUCACGUCGCCGGCUUCCUGACUGCACAGACCUCCGCCAACGGAGUAGCUGGCGGAGCAAACGGAGCCAAUGUGGGUGACCACCAGGGCGUGGCUACCGCACCACAGCGUCUGCAUUUGCCCAUUUUGGGCGUCGGGGGCGGACCCGUUCGCCAAGGACCCUCUUCGGUCGGUGACGUCCUGGAGGUCCAGGAACGAGCUGUUUACGAUCCCGGCGAUGAAUUACUCCGCGCCCAGGAGCUCGGAUUGGCAGUGGUUCCUGCGGGCUCCGACUACGCCGAUGCCGUGUACAAUGAACUCGAGUUGGCCAGCAAGUUCGAGGUGCUGAAGAAGAUGGAGGAGGAUUUGCGUGCCGAGCAGGAGCUGGUGGACAAAUCCGCUUUGCUCAUGAAAAUGCUGGAGGAUCCGUCAUUGGAAACCUUGCCCUUGGUCUACGUGGAGGAGGAGGAGCCGGAGGUGGUGAUUCCUUCCGCCGGAGCCGAGGACUACGCCGACUUGGAGAAUGCCGUUCAGGAUUUGGUUUUGGGCCAGAGUAAACCCAAGCGUUCGCGCUAUUAUCGAAGGUAUCCGUGGAAACGCCACAACAAGAAUCGCGGUUCUUACAUGAAUUCUAUCAACAGCAACUAUGAACCGGAACUGCGAUAUGCCUGCACACCUAGCAAGGAGGAUAUAUUCAAGCUGCUGGUCAAUCUGCACGAGAAUCGCAAGGGCAACCACAGCAAGACUGUCAACUUCUGCAACCGGAAGCGUCCGGCCAAGGCGGUCUUCACCAACAUCCGGUUCCUGGGCUAAAGCUCAGGCUAUGGCAGGAUCUAGGAUGAAGGCGAUUAAGCCACACACACAAAGACACAGAGACACGACACUGACAGACACAUAUGUAUACCAAGCAUCAAUUGUACAUUGCUGACAAGGACAAAGUCGAGCGCCAAACUGGAGAACAACAAGCACUAACAAUUAGCCUAACUAAUUUACUAACAACCAACUACCCGGCUAACAACUAAACUAACUACUAACUACGAACUAAACUAAAAAUACAUCGUUAUCUCGCUGGUCUAGAGACCCUCGUAAGCCUACCCUAAUUCCAAUUGUAGACAAUUAACAACUUUUAUAACUCUCAAUGUGUUGUAUAUACUAACGAAAUAAACAAAGUUAUAGUAGCUCCCUUUGUUAAUUUCUUUGUGGUCGUCGCGUGUACUAAUCCCAACAAUUCCAAAACGUUGCCAUAUCACUUUAAAGUCUCGUAACAUCGUCUCUCGGUCCAUUACACUAGUAUUAUAAUGAUAUAAAUGGAACCACAAUCCCCAGUGUGUAUAUACGAGAAUAUUGAAAUGUGUGUAUUAAUAUAAACGUGUACUAACUGAAGCUAUCUAUAAUGUAAAGUCGAGAAGUAUAUAUAUUUCAAAUAAACUUAUAAAAUACCAUUAUUCGUAUGCAAUUAAA